AUGGGUGUACAAGAUGGGGGAGGCAAGAGACCUUCUCCACACGCCCACAUAGCCGCCCACACUGCCGCCCACGCCCACUGCACGCCUCUACUUGUUGUGUCACCCACUUCACCCACUGCAAAACCAUCACAUCUGCCCAUGCCUGUGACGAGAUACGUCAACAGAGAGCCAGUGCCCCUUGUUAACUGUACCUCCUGGCUCCACACCCGAGGAGACGUCACCCCAACACACACGCCCACGCCCUCACACCCGCCUGGAUUCAGAGGGUCUAAGAUUCCUGUCCGGUCCUCGAGGUCGGUGAAUGAGAAGCACCUCAGAGGGGGUGGUAUAACCAGUCGCUUCUGCCGCUCCAAGAGUCUUAACUUACUGGCUGAUGAAGACGACCUGAGCCUGACAUCACCACCACGAGGACGUCACCACCACUCACCACUCUCCUCACCAGGCUCCCCUCGUCACCUGUCACCAUCCUUGCGUCAUCUCAGGAACUCUCAAGAAGAAGAUAGAUCAAGGUGCUACUCAGACUAUAGCUUGAGUGGGACUCCAAAACUACAAAGGCCUUAUCGACUUUGUAGGAGAAAAUCGUCCCCCAGUUCCUGUCGAAGAAGUUGCCAGUCACCCUCCAGUCUAUCCUGCUGUAGUUGGCAAUUCUCCUCCAGUUCCUCCUGCAGUAGAAGACAGUCAGUAGCCAGUCCAUUGACCUGUCGACGUCGCCACUCCUCAGGGUCAUCACAGGGAGGUCACGAACCAUACCAGACGCCUCAGUACUUCACCUUUCACCUCACCCUCCGUAGUCCCGCCACCUCCCCGUCAGGAGCGAGAGCCAGAUCCUCCCUCAGGUGUGAUCGGGGAUUACCCAGUGAAAGUAAACACACAUUUGCGUCUGAAGUGUGUAGAGGACAUGAUUCUCCAAACCUGCACGGCGCCUACAGAGGAGAUGGUCAGGUCAACCCGCCUCCCGAGAGCUGCACACCUGCUACAGCUGCACAGGUGAGGAAGGGCAGCCGCUACUCAAGCACCGAAGGCCAUGAUGUCGCUAAUGGUGACCUUAAUGGCGCUAAUGGUGACCGUAAUGGCGCUAAUGGUGACCGUAAUGGCGCUAAUGGUGACCGUAAUGGCGCUAAUGGUGACCGUAAUGGCGCUAAUGGUGACUCUAAUGGUAAUGGAGGCGAGGGGAAUAAUGGGAAGCAGCAGCAGGACGAGAAGAAGAAUUGCAACACAACUAAAGGUCGUCACAGCAGGGUGGCAGACAGUGAUGGUAACAGUCGUCACAGCAGGGUGGCAGACAGUGACAGUGAUGGUAACAACGGUGAAGACUUGAACCUGGACAGUGACUUCCUCGAUAACUUCCACUGUACUAACUUUGGCAUCGUGGACUGCCUUAAUACCAUCAUUAAGGACUCAGAGCAGGAUGACACAGAGAGCUACUGCAGUGACUACGGGAAUGGUUUGACCACCACUCCACCAGGUAGACUAUCUGAUACCGACUCCACCUUUGAGAUCGUCGCUGUGUCCUCAAAUCUCCCGCUGAAGAACUUUCUGCCGCCAAGAACGUCUUUUUCCGGGAAGAAAAAACCGGAUUUCCGUACUUUACGCUGGAGGAGCUGUCAGGAUCUAUUACGGCGAGACUUGGGGCAGAACCUCCUGAGGCGGCAGACGUCCGAGCAGUCCCUGAAGUGUGUGGUGGAGGAGCGGGUGUUGCCUGCCACGGAGGUAGAGGUGUACGAUGGCAACCUGGGUCUGUCGCUGAUCACUCUCUCCAGAUACAGACAUGACCGUAACUCACCUUCCUCCCUGAAGCAACACGGCCAAGGCACCGAGCAGUCGUCCAGGAGCCACAACACAGAACAUAAAAGUAAACACAGACCAAAGAAAGGGUCUAUGAGACACCUGGUCCACGAGGAGUCUUGGGAGAGUCUGGACUACGGCUGUCAUGACUCACUGACGGUGGAGCCAUCAUCGGACUCUGACUACGGUGAGCCCAUGGAGGUGGACGACUGUGUGUUGUCAGAACAAGAUCUGCCGUUACACCAGGAGACUCAUACAGACCAGGAGACUCAUACAGACCAGGAGACUCAUACAGACCAGGAGACUCAUACAGACCAGGAGACUCAUGCAGACCAGGAGACUCAUACAGACCAGGAGACUCAUGCAGACCAGGAGACUCAUACAGACCAGGAGACUCAUGCAGACCAGGAGACAUGUCCUUACCAUCAACAGCGGGAGUCAAACAGGACCAGUGGAAGGUGUGGCGGUGAUGACGACAACAGCUUCCAGGCGACAGAACACAUCAACAAGAACAUCUCUGGCAGUAAACAUUCUUAUAAAGACUCAAGACUCCUCCCCAAGAUGAUGAAGAAGGCUCAUAUGGUGGACUCUGAGCUGGACCACAUGUUGGGUAUACAGGAGGACGAUGGCAGCGGUCCUGGGCUGAGUGAGGACGAGCAGCCACCGGUACAGGAUGUAACCCUUGUUGAAGAACGACGGCCAUCAUCACGUGGGGUGGGCGUGGUCAGCCCCCACAAGCUUCUCUGGUAUCUACAGAAGGAGUCAAGACGUCAGAGCAAUGAGUCAUCUGUCCGCCGACUCCACCCACAACUGUCAGAGGCCGGCAAGACAGUGAGCAAGGCGGUCCUGAUCGCUCCACCGGACUUCUACCUCCGCAACUCCACCCAGGAAAGGUCUCUACGUCAGGUGAAUUUAUCCGACGCUUCCCAGCCGUCCAGCGCUCGCGGUCACCCGUCUCGCGUGUACUCGGAGACGUCACAGGGAGACACCAGCGGGGAGGACAGCGACACCGGCGUUGAACUCUCGGAUCUGGAGCGCUGCGUCCUCACCCUCACACACCGGAGGAAACAACUGAGGAAACAAGACACCAAUGCCUUCCUCAUCGCCCCACCCGAGUAUAAGAUCAAUGAAGACGUCUCCACACUCCACGAGGUGUUUCACUGUUGAGACGAACUCGUGACUCCUACAGGAUAAAACUCACAAGGACUUCCCUUCAUUCCAGUAUUUAUCACUAACACAGUAUAGCCAUUUUAGUCAAUAACUUUAACCACCAUUCUCUUUAUUCUUCUCAUAGUCUUGUUUGUCUUCCUCUCAAAACUCAUAGCUAUAUAUGUUGGUUUCCUCAGGUACACCUCAGCUUAUCACUCUCAUUACCUGUACUCACAUCUGUUCAUCACCUCAACAGAUUAAAGCUCCCAUCACAGUGUAUAAAUGAUCUCGUUCUUAUCAUUACUUCAUGAUAGCGAGGACACACACACACACACACACAACAACUGAUUCUAGACACACACACAAAAGAACUGAUUCUAAACACACACGUAACCUCUUGUGUGUUGAAGGUAUUGGAUCAUCUUGAGGGAGUGAAGAGGCAGCACUGGUGGGGCGUGAGGAGACAGCACUGGGGGACUUCUUGAAAUAGAUGUCCA